AUGGCGACGUCGUCGUGCCCCGCGUUCGUGUCCGCGCCUCGCGCGGCGGUCAUCGGCGCGGCGUCCCGCGCGAUCGUCGCGCGGCGGGUCGCCCCGACCGGCGCGAAACGUCGCGUCGCGUCCACCAUCGUCCCUCGCGCCUCCGCCGACGCGCCCCCCGUCCCUGCAGUGGAUAUCCCCGACACGAACGACGAGUGGGAGGCGGUCUCCCCCGUCGAUUUCGCCGCCGACGUCUCCGCGGCGCUGGCGGCGGACAAGGUGGUCAUCCUCGGCAAGCGCGGCGCGCUGCGAUCGCCGGGAUUCGUCGCCUCCCUGCCGGAGUCCCUCCGAACGGUGUGGCUCGAGGCCGUCGCGGCGGUGCAGGCCGGGGACAACGGCGGCAAACGCUCCAUCAUGGUCCCGUGGGACAACGGCGGUCGCCUCAAGGACGUCUUAAUCGGGGUGUUGCCCACAGCCGUAUCCCGACACAACUGCCCCGCGGCGGCAUUCGCCGUCAACGCCCUCCUCGCCGGAUGCCAACCCCCCGCGCACGGGCAAACCCUCGGCGUCAUCACCGCCCUUACCUCCACCUCCGACGCGGUUCCCAUCGCCGUCGCCGUCGCCCGGCACUUCCCGACGUACACCGCGAAGAGCGUGCGGGGCGGCGGCCGCGGCGGAGUCGAGCGGGGGCGCAUCGCGUUGAGGGGAAGAGUUCUCGUCGCGCAAACCUGCGCGUCGCCGCUCUCGUGCGACCUGGAUGCGGAGACUCGCGCGCGCGUCGUCGCGGUCUCCAGGGCGGUGCGUCUCGCGUCUCGCGUCGUGGACACCCCGCCCGCGGCGAUGGACCCCGACGCGCUCGUCGGCGAGGCGGCGGCGGUUGCGGCGGAGUUGGCGGGACCGACGCACGGCUUGGACGUUUCGUGGGACGCGUUGCGGUACGACGCUCUGAAAGCGUGUGGGUUCGGCGGGUUGGUCGCGGUCGGUGACGCGGCGGCGCGAGACGGCAGGGAGCCCGCGCUGGUGCACGUCAAGUACCGCCCGAGUGGCGGCGCGCCGGGUUCGCGCUUGAGGAAGAUUGCGCUCGUGGGCAAGGGGAUCACGUACGACACCGGCGGGUUGCAGAUCAAGGGCAAGUCGGGAAUGCCGGGGAUGAAGACGGACAUGGGCGGAGCCGCCGCGACCCUCGGCGCGUUCAAGGCGCUCUGCCAACUUCGGCCGCAGCACGUCGAGCUUCACCUCGUGCUGUGCAUCGCCGAGAACGCGGUGGGUCCCGGGGCGUUUCGACCCGACGACGUCGUCACGCCCCUCUCGGGUCGAACCGUGGAGAUUAACAACACCGACGCCGAGGGACGUUUAGUGCUCGCCGACGGCGUGGCGUACGCGUCCGGGACGUUGGGAUGCGACGACGUCAUCGACGUGGCGACGCUGACCGGCGCGCAGAUGAUCGCCACGGGGAAGAACUUCGCGGGGGUGCUCUCGGACGACGAGGCGAUGGAACGCGCGUGCGUGGACGCCGGUCGAGCGAGCGGAGACUUGGCGCACCCUCUGCCGUACGCGCCCGAGUUUUUCACCAAAGAGUUUGGGAGCAAGAUCGCGGACAUGAAGAACAGCGUGAAGGACCGGACGAACGCGCAGACGUCGUGCGCGGGUCAGUUCAUCGCCAACCACCUGGACCGCGGUUGGAACAAGGCGGAUCCGGAUGCAUCGGGGGAAGAAGAGACGGAGGGACGGAUAAGGCGGCGGUGGCUGCACGUCGACAUGGCUGGCCCGGCGACGAAUAAGGACGGACGGGGGACCGGGUACGGCGUUGCCCUCCUCGUGCACCUGAUCAGCGGGGAACUUUACGCCGACGGGAAGUGA